AUGCUGGCCGCGCAGGAGGAGGACGACGCGCGCAUCGAGAAGGAGGAGAAGGCGCGCAAGGAGGCGGAGUGGGCAGCCAAGAAGGCGGCGCGCGAGGAGGCAAAGGGCCUCCAGGCCAAGGGGGUCCGGCCCGGCGCGCGCUACUCCAAUGGCGCGCGGCUGCCUCCUCUCCGCAGCCGUCCGAGGAAGGGCACGGCCCCCGCGCGCAAAUCCGCCGCCCCCGACGGCGCACUCACGCCGAGGGAGCAGCACGCGGUCAACAGCCCACGCAAGGGCCCGCCCGCCAAGUUCCCGCCAAACGCGUUUGUCACGCCCGCGCCGACGGCCAAGGAGAACCACGCCUGA